UGCGCGGGGAGCGAGAGGGAGCGGGACGGAGCGGCGGAGAUGGCCCGGCGCUGCCUGCGCGCGGCCGCCGUCCUCCUGCUGGUGAUCUUAAAGGAGCAGCCGUGCCGCCCGGCCCCGCACAACGAAUCCAAGUGGACCUACUUGGGUCCCGAUGGGGAGGACAACUGGUCCAAGAAGUACCCAUCAUGUGGGGGCCUGAUGCAGUCCCCCAUAGACCUGUAUGGUGACACCCUCCAGUACGACGCCAGCCUCGCGCCCCUGAGGUUCCAAGGCUACAACGUGUCUGCCAACGAGCAGUUCACCCUGACCAACGACGGCCAUUCAGUGAAGCUGACCCUGCCCCAGGAAAUGCACAUCCAGGGCCUCCCGUCCCGCUACAGUGCCAUGCAGCUGCACCUGCACUGGGGGAGCCGCAGUGACCCCCACGGCUCCGAGCACACUGUGGGUGGGAAGCACUUCGCAGCCGAGCUGCACAUUGUCCACUAUAACUCAGACCUGUACCCAAACGACAGCGCCGCCAGCACCCAGCCCGACGGCCUCGCCGUCCUCGCUGUUCUCAUUGAGAUGGGCUCCUUCAAUCCGUCAUAUGACAAGAUCUUCCGUCACCUCCAACAGGUCAAGUACAAAGAUCAGAAGGUGCCUGUCCCAGGCUUCAACAUCGAGGAGCUGCUUCCCGAGAGGCCUGCCGAGUACUACCGCUACAGAGGCUCCCUGACCACGCCUCCCUGCCACCCCACCGUGCUCUGGACGGUUUUCCGAAACCCCGUGCAAGUUUCCCAGGAUCAGUUGCUGGAUUUGGAGACCACUCUGUACUGCACACACAUGGAUGACCCUGCCCCCCGGGAAAUGGUCAGAAACUUCCGGCAGGUCCAGAAGUUUAACAAGAGACAAGUGUACAUCUCCUUCCAGCAAGUGCAAACCCCCACCACCACAGGACCGAGUCUGGGCAUCAUCCUUUCGGUGGCCCUGGCUGGCGUUCUCGGUGUCUGUAUAGUCCUGGCAGUAUCCAUUUGGCUCUUCAGAAGGAAGAAGAGCAGCAAAAAAGGUGACAAGGGAGUCAUUUACAAACCAGCCAUCAAGAAGGAGACUGAAGCCCAUGCCUGAGCUUCCGGGCCUCCGGGGCACGUCC